CCCUGCCUUGGUGCCACCCCGGUUUUGCAGGGAUGCGAAGGAACGGGGCACCAUGAAAGAGGAAGGCAGCACCGAUUUCUCUUCGCGCUCCAGGAAAAGGAAAGCCAAUGUGGCCGUGUUUCUGCAGGAUCCAGAUGAAGAAAUUGCCAAAAUUGAGAGGACUGUGAGAAACCAGUGUGGCAGUCAGACUUGGGACAGCGGUGCAGCCUGUGAAAACCCCUGCUCCCUGAUUCCCACCCCUGACAAAGAGGAGGGUGAGCUGGCAUACCCACAUGCUGCCUGUGAACCUCCGAGUUUCGCACCGUCUAGAGCCUCACCGCUGCCUGUUCUGAACUGGGCGAAUAGGGAGGAGGUGUGGAAGAUCAUGCUGAACAAAGAAAAGACGUACCUGAGGGAUAAGCACUUCAUGCAGCGGCACCCUCUUCUGCAGCCGAAGAUGCGAGCAAUUCUCCUGGAUUGGUUAAUGGAGGUGUGUGAAGUAUAUAAACUUCACAGGGAGACAUUUUACCUGGCACAAGAUUUCUUUGAUCGGUAUAUGGCAACCCAACAAAAUGUUGUAAAAACGCUUCUACAGCUUAUUGGGAUUUCAUCUUUAUUUAUUGCUGCCAAACUUGAGGAAAUCUACCCUCCCAAGCUGCACCAGUUUGCAUACGUUACAGACGGGGCCUGUACCGGAGAUGACAUUCUCAACAUGGAGUUAGGCAUUAUGAAGGCCCUAAAGUGGCGUUUAAGUCCCCUGACAGUUGUGUCCUGGCUGAAUGUGUACAUGCAAGUUGCAUACCUAAAGGACUUUUACGAAGUGCUGUUGCCCCAGUAUCCCCAGCAAAUCUUCAUACAGAUUGCAGAGCUUUUAGAUCUCUGUGUCCUGGACGCUGGCUGCUUAGAAUUUUCUUACGGCGUGCUCGCUGCUUCUGCCUUGUACCAUUUCUCGUCGUCUGAACUGAUGCAAAAGGUUUCAGGGUACCAGUGGUGUGACAUAGAGAGGUGUGUCAAGUGGAUGGUUCCAUUUGCCAUGGUCAUAAGGGAGACAGGAAGUUCGAAACUGAAGCACUUCAGGGGGGUUCCUGCUGAAGAUGCACACAACAUACAGACCCAUAUAAACAGCUUGGAUUUGCUGGACAAAGCCCAAGCCAAGAAAGCCAUAAUGUCUGAACAGAACAGAGUCUCUCCUCUCCCCACCGGGGUCCUCACGCCCCCCCAGAGUGGGAAGAAGCAGGGCAGCGAGCAGGAAAGAGCGUGACUCUCGCCAGCGCGCUCCACCAAAGACAGCCGUGCUCACGCGCCGCCCAGGGGUCUCCCGACCGCAGCAGCGGGGGCGUGCGUCAGCUUUCCAGAUAUUUAACACAAGUGUUCCUGUAAAUGGCAUUGGACAGGGAGAAGUGUAUUUUAUUAAAUGCUUAGAUUUUUUUAAAUAAAUGAGUCAAGUACACCAGCCACCUCCCGAACACCAGUGAGUGCUCCAGAUGCUGCUAAGGAGGGUGAUACUUGACUCGAUGGACUGUUGAUUGACAUGUGUAACAAAGGCUCGAAGUUGAAGAGUGCCUGCCGCCCUUACUGCUGGCCUCCCCUUGGGCGUCCCCGGCUGCGUCCCGGGCUGCGUCCUGUCGAGUGAACAGGCGGCCGUGAGUAUCGCGAGUCAGAGCCUGCGCCAGCUGUGCUGGCGGCCUGCUCUUCACACUAUCAGUUAACAAUGUACAAUGCCUUUUAUGAACUAUUAUUUUGUAAGCGCUGCUAUGUCUAUCCGUUUUUUAAUAAAGGUAAUAUUGUCUUUGAGACAGCUGGUUUUAUGAGCUAUGUCUGAUCAUUUAAGUUGUUAGAAAUCACCUUUCACCAUGGCUGUAUCAAGCUCUCCUUGUUGACUUAAUGCUUCUUGAGGCUCAAGUCUUUCAAGCAAGUGCAUUUAAAAGGAAACCUUUGAGAUGAGCUUCACGGGCAAGCUUGUCUGCCUCCUGAGGGCCCCUGAGCUGGGAAGGAGACUUCCACUUAGCACUUUUCCCACAAUGCCCGGCACAGCUGGCUGCUCAGCUCAUGUUCUUUGGCUGGCUGAGGCUGUCAUGGUGAAGCCGUCUUAGAGGAUUCUUAGGUUUAAAUUCUUUCCUAGGGCUCGUUAAAGGUCAUAAUGAAUCUGUAGUUUUAUUUAAUACUCUUUUUGCCCUUAACCAAAUCUUUGCCUGAGGAAGAAAUGAAUUUUUGUUUGGAGAACUCGUUUAGUAGCCUAAAACUAUGCUUUUAAGAAGAAAACACAAAGUAAAAUGCUACGUAGUUCAAGGCCGUGACGUAUACAGUCUGUCCUGACUGAUGGGAUCACCAAAGGCCCUGCUCUCUGAAGAGGCUCUGUCUGCGCUGAGGCCUAGCGUGUUAGGCCCCGGUCAGAUUGUGGUAACAUCUCAAGGCGGGGUCUUGUCGAGUCCCAUGCUUCACCUUGCCACGACGCCUUGGUGUGUGUGCGAUGCCAGCAGGAGGGGUAGAUGAGCACAUCAUCUCAUCUUACAAAAAUUUGUCUUUAUAAGAAAAACAGUCAUUUUAAAUCUGUACUAUGUUCAUACGCAGUGGGAGAGACCCUCCUUUUUUUGACAUUGUGAUGUUAAAGUUCUGGCAGGUUUUAAUACAUUUUUCCUAAUAAAUGCAUCAUAAAUCUACGCGUAAUGGUACUUAGUCACAAGACACAACUAGCUAAUUACCGCUUCAUCUCAGCCAGAGAUGCUGUUGCCUUAAAAAGCCGUGAUUUUUUUUUUUUAAUGGUGAUCGUUUUUAAGUGACUUGUUGGCAAAAUCCUAAAGAUGGUGAAUUUACAUUUGUUAUUUUUUAUGCAAAAAUAGGGUACCAAAAGCACUUCUGUUUUCAAAGUUUUAGUGUAAGUUUGAGAGCUUAACAAACGUGAGGUGACACCCGCUUGAAAGCAUGUUUGAGCUAAGUGCUCGUGUAGCUUGGCCGACCGCCAUAUUGCAAAGAAUCUUACCAGAUAUGCUGAAAAGGGUGCCUUACCUUUUAAUUGUUGGAGUGCUGCAUUUCUGGAAAUCAGAAUUUUAAAAAUGGUAGCGUUGCCGCAGGCAGCUUAGUCAUCUGUGCUAAUAAAGGGUAACUCGAGGAUGGAUAAAUGAAAUCCAUAGCAAUCAAUAUUUCCUACGACUCUUAAAAACCCUAAAAGCCGCUAGUAAGUAAAAACCAGAUUUUACCUCUUAGAGGAUGUUCUCUGUUUGCUAGUAAUCGACACAUGCUAUUUUGGCCCCUCGCUGGUCGGCUGUAUAUACCCACUUGCCGAGCCGUUUUUGUUCUGCAAUUCAUCUAAAACUAGCUGAGGCCGAGAUACCACAGCAGACCUCAGGAGUGACCAUGGCGGCUCGAGGUCAACGUGGGCCAACAGCUGCUCUGAGGCAGAGAUGCCUGAGGGAGAACCAGAGAAGGGAGGUGACAUGGAGCCCCUAGUCUAACCUGCUUGUUUUAGAGACUGAGAAACAGUUCCACCAACCACGGGCUACUGGAUGGUGGUAGAACACACCGCAUUGUCAUGCCCCAGCCCACAGGACCCACUCACUAGACCUCCCCAGAGUUGCUAGUUCUCUGCCCCUGU